UGUCUGAAUCUGCUUCUGAUUCUGGCUGUCGGGACAAGGCCCCCUCCCCUCCUUCCUUCCCGGCCCAAGCAGCUCCGCCCCUGGCUAGGACCAGGCUUGCUCCUGCUGAGCCCCCCACCCCCUUCUGGCACAGCUCCUCUGCUCUCGCUGCAGCCAGAAGAAGGCGGCAGCCCCGGCGCCCCAGGCCCCGCCCGCCCAGGGCCCUUCCCGGGAGGCCGGGAGACCUGCUCCUCCUGGCCCUCCGUGGGUGAGUGCUGGCGGCCGGCGGCGGGUGGGGCCUCCGCGGGCGGAGGCACCGGGAGCGGGGGCGACUCCUGUCAACGCUCCAGGCCUAGCAGGAGGACUCGCCAACAUCCCUGCUCCUGUGCUCGGCCCCAGGCGUGCGGGUGGCUGCUCCCACUUCUGGCCUGUGCUGGGGCGGCCCUGGGGCUCUGCUAUCUUGGCACUGAAGACCCGGCACGCAGAGUAUCGGACUAGGCUCUCUCCUCGAGGGCGGAAGCUGGCUGCUUGACUCACAGCGGCCACGGCCAUGCCCACCUGGCCCUGGGGGCUGCUGCUGACCGCGGGCACGCUCUCCGCUGCACUGAGCCCAGGGCUGCCGGCCUCUGCCGACCCCUGCUAUGAUGAGGCUAGGGAGCCUCGCUGUUGUACUCCUGGCCUAGUGAACGCUGCUCUGGGCCGAGAGGUGCUGGCGUCCAGCACGUGCGGGAGGCCGGCCAAUCACGUCUGCGAUUCCUCGGACCCGCAGCGGGCACAUUCUGCAGACCUCCUGACCUCAGCUCCGGGCACUGCAAGUCCUCUCUGUUGGCGCUCCGAUGUGCUGCAACGGGCACCUUUCAACGUAACCCUCACGGUGCCCCUGGGGAAGGCUUUUGAGCUAGUCUUCGUGAGCCUGCGCUUUUGCUCAGCUCCCCCAACCUCCGUGGCCCUGCUUAAGUCUCAGGACCAUGGCCGCAGCUGGGUCCCCCUGGGUUUCUUCUCUUCCAGCUGUAGCCUGGACUAUGGCCGUCCGCCUGCUCCUGCUGAUGGCCCUGCUGGUCCAGGGCCAGAAGCCCUCUGUUUCCCAGCCCCCCAGGCUCAGCCUGAUGGUGGAGGCCUUCUGGCCUUCAGUGUGCAGGAUGGCAGCCCACAGGGCCUGGACCUGGACAACAGCCCCGUGCUCCAAGACUGGGUGACUGCCACAGAUAUUCGCAUAGUACUCACAAGGCCAGCCAUUCAGGGAGACACCAGGGAUGGUGGGGGCACAGUCCCCUACUCCUACUCAGCCACUGAGCUUCAGGUGGGAGGUCGAUGCAAGUGCAAUGGGCAUUCCUCACGGUGUCUGAUGGACACCCAUGGCCACCUGGUCUGCGACUGCCAGCAUGGUACAGAGGGCCCUGAUUGCAGCCGCUGCAAGCCCUUCUACUGCGACAGGCCAUGGCAGCGGGCUACAGGGCAGGAAGCCCACGCUUGCCUUGCUUGCUCGUGCAAUGGCCACGCCCGAAGAUGCCGCUUCAACAUGGAGCUGUACCGACUGUCCGGCCGCCGCAGUGGUGGGGUGUGCCUCAAUUGCCGGCACAAUACUGCUGGUCGUCACUGCCACUACUGUCGGGAGGGCUUCUAUCGUGACCCAGGCCGUGUCCUGAGUGACCGUCGUGCUUGCAGAGCUUGUGACUGCCACCCAGUUGGUGCUGCUGGCAAAACCUGUAACCAGACCACAGGCCAGUGUCCCUGUAAGGAUGGCGUUACCGGCCUCACCUGUAACCGCUGCGCCCCAGGUUUCCAGCAGAGCCGUUCUCCUGUCGCACCUUGUGUCAAGACUCCUGUCCCUGGACCCACUGAAGAAAGCAGUCCUGUGGAGCCACAGGACUGUGAGUCACAUUGCAGACCUGCGCGUGGCAGUUACCGAAUCAGCCUCAAGAAGUUCUGCCGGAAGGACUAUGCGGUGCAAGUGGCAGUGGGUGCGCGCGGCGAGGCCCGCGGCGCGUGGACACGCUUUCCGGUAGCGGUGCUUGCUGUGUUCCGCAGCGGCGAGGAGCGCGCUCGGCGCGGGAGCAGCGCGCUGUGGGUACCAACCCUAGAUGCGGCUUGCGGUUGCCCGCGCCUCCAGCCCGGCCGGCGCUACUUGCUGCUGGGAGAUGGGCCCGGGGCUGCAGCUGGGAGCCCAGCGGGCCGGGGACCGGGACUCAGUGCUGCCCGUGGAAGCCUCGUGCUGCCUUGGAGGGACGCCUGGACUCGGCGCCUGCGGAGGCUGCAGAGGAGAGAGCGGCGGGGACGCUGCGGGACCGCCUGAACCUGCAAGCUGGGCGUGGACUGGGCGGGCUCAGUUCUCUUAUCACUGGGCGCGGCGCGUUCAACAGAGCAUUAGCCUGCUGGAA